AUGAGCUCCACAGACCCUUGCCCGGCGUGUAGCUGGACGAGUGAACGCCAGAGAUGUUGUAGCUAUGAAAGCCGGAUCAAACUGUUCUACGAAGCAAGCGACCGAGGCGUCUGGUCAUUGGGAUCGAAGCUAGUUCUUAAAGAUCGAGGCCCUAAUAGUUUUCCAACCUGCGAAGUACAAACCACACAGUUUGUUCAGGAGAAGACAUCGAUCACAGUUCCCACUUUUGUCGAUUCAUGGGAAGAAGACGGACACACCCUUAUCUUGAUGAAGCGCAUUCCUGGUGAACCUCUCAGCAGUGCCUGGCCAAAGCUCUCUAUCGCCGAGAAAGAGAACAUAGCACAGCAGACCGCUGAGAAUCUCCUCCAACUCCGCGAUAUCCAUUCUGACAAGAUACAAGGGAUUGGUGGUCGUCCUGUUUACUCGAAUUUCCUCUUUCCGAAUAGAAAGGGGUAUGGAUUUCCUCAUGGUCCUCUGGCAACUGAUGACGAGUUGUGGGGCGAAAUGGAAAAAAGCUUGCACGAAGAUAUGUCUGAAGCUGCGCGUAUACGACUUCGAAGUCGUAUGCCACCCGCAACGCCUUAUACCUUUACGCAUGGUGAUCUAACUAAUGUCAACAUCAUGGUCCAUAAUGGCUCUCUUACUGGCAUCAUUGAUUGGGAACAUUCUGGAUAUUAUCCAGUAUGGUGGGGAGUAUGCUUGUACCUCGGUUCGCGAUAG